UAUAAAUUUAUAGCUCACUUACAAACAAGAUGUCAGGCAUGACGGCAUUGACAUCGACAUCGACAUCGCAUCAAGUUGAGCUCCAAGAACAGUACCCACCUCCAUUGCCUGUGAUCGAACCCACCAUAGAAUCGGCAGCAGAGAGGCUUACAAUCGAUGACAUGCUUGAAAAGUACUGUGGCGAGUUUGGGGCAUGGCAAUGGAAGAACUUCGUGUUGGCCAAUUUGAGUUGGACCUUAGAAGCUCUCCACACCAUGGUCGUCAUCUUUGCCGACCACCACCCCCAUUGGCGAUGCGUCGAUGGAACGGACUGCGACGCAGCUGCAAAGAGCAUUUGUGGGUUGAAACCUGGAUCAUGGGAAUGGGUAGAAGGCCGCCGGAGCUCGACGGUGGCAGAAUGGAGUUUGAUCUGUGGUGAUAAGUAUAAAGUUGGCUUGGCUCAGUCUAUGUUCUUUCUUGGUUGCAUGAUGGGAUCUACUUUGUUCGGCUACCUCUCAAACUCUGUCUUGGGAAGGAAACGCUCCCUUGUUUUAGUUUCUUCAUUAAAUGCCAUAUUUGGCUUAUUAACAGCAACGUCUCCAUAUUACUGGACUUAUGUCCUCCUCCGUUCCUUGACCGGAAUCAGCACAGGUGGGAAUGCCGUAUGCGCCUUCGUACUCGCCACAGAACCCAUUGGCCCGACAAAACGUGGGGCAGCUGGAAUGUCGUCAUUCUACUUUUUUUCCGGUGGGAUUGCCAUACUAUCAGGAUUGGCCUACACCAUUCGCCCAUGGCGUAAACUCUACAUCGCUUCUUCAAUUCCCUCUCUUGUCUUCCUCCUUGUCGUCCUACCUUUUGUCUCUGAAUCCCCAAGAUGGUAUCUAGUUCAUGGGAAGAUCGACGAGGCCAUGAAGGUGAUGAAGUCCAUAGCCAAAUGCAAUGGCAAACACCUCCCUGAAGGAGUCAUCCUUCUACUCGAUCGAGAAGCAUUCAACAAAGAUGACCGGAUAUCAGAGAUCAAACAUGUAGAAAAGGGUAACUUAGUAGCCUUACUUGGCUCACCAAUCACAAGAAUUCGACUACUACUAGCAAUGGCUAUAAGCUUUGUAGGGGCAGUUAUAUAUUACGGUUUAAGCUUAAACGUCAUCAACCUGAAGACGAAUCUCUAUCUCAGUGUCCUACUCAAUGCUGUUGCAGAGACUCCGGCAUUUGCCAUUACAGCAGUUCUGUUAAGUAGGGUUGGGAGGAAAGGGAUAGGGGUAGGGACAUUCUGGUUCAGUGGGGGGUUCUGCUUUAUUGGGAGCUUGAUGAGAAACGAUGGGAGGUGGAAGGUAGGAAGGAUGGUGUGUGGGAUUAUGGGGGUAUUUGGGAUGGCUGGGAACUAUAACUUGCUGUUUUUAUACUUGGAGGAGCUAUUUCCAACGGUGGUGAGGAAUGUGGCAAUGGGCGGCGCAGCCUUGGCGAUUCAAACGGGGGCAGUUUUGGCACCAUUUGUGGUGGUUUUGGGGGGUGGUUUGGCAUUUGGGGUGUUUGCAGGAUGUGGAUUGUUGGGUGGGAUAUUGGUAUUUUUCAUGCCGGAGACACUCAAUAAGCCUCUCUAUGAUACCAUGGCUGGAUUGGAGUACGGGGAAAGAGGUAAGAUAGUCAUUUGAAUUAGUCUCAUUUGAAUUAGUCUCUAUUAAAAUUUACAGUACCUAGGUAAAUUCAGUUUAGGAUUGAGAUACUCUUCUAUGUUAAUACAAAAAUGUACUAUUCUACAUCCGUUUGAAGUUCUUUAUCCAUACAUAUGGUACUACUUUGUAUUACUUUCAAACGGGCAUGAAGAAACUUUUUUUACCUUUCGAUUCGGUUUGAAAAUGGUCCUAUGAAAGAGGAAGUUUAAUAACCAAACAGAUAAAUGAAUCAUCAAGAGGUGAAAAUCGGUGUAUGAACACUCUCCCCUCUACAAAUUGAGAAAAUAUGAAAAGACUAAAUUUAAGAUUUAUUACAAGUACAAGUUCUAAAGUUAAAAUUUGUUAGAAAGUAUAAAACUAAACUUGAACCAUUAAACUACAUAAAUGAAAAUUGAACCAAAGCUCAAAAUGGUACUUUAACCAUAAAUAAAACAUUUCAAUAUUUGAAUCUAAUUGUAGCUACUCUUUAGUCAAUGUGCCAUAAACUAGAAAUCAAUCCAAAAACAUACAAGACAAGACCAAACAAUAAGGCUUAUCAGUAACGAAAAUGCAGUGCAAAGUACGUCUAUUUGCGUAACAUAUAUAUAAAUAAACUAGUUUUUAACUAAAUGUGUUCAAAAAUAGGUCAUACAUGGUACCUAUAAAUGCUCUGUCUCAAUUUAAAUAUACUCACCUGCGGCUAAUCUACAGUUCCGCAGAACAAAAAAGCUAUCAGCAAUAGAAGAGAACAACAA